AUGCUCCCGGCCUCGCACCCGCUGCUCUACGCGUGCGCCUUCCGCGACAGCGCCCUCGUCGCCGAGCUCGCCCACGACCCGGACGCCGGGGGCGCCGGCACCGGCGACCUGCCGGCGCUCGCCGCCGCGCUCGCUGCUUCGGCGCCUCCGCACCACCGCUACGUCACCCACUCCACGGCGGGGCGGGCGCACGCGCUUCUCCUCGCCCCGCCGCUCGCGCUCGCCGCGGUCUCGCUCGCGCCGCAGCUCCCGGCGUCCCACCUCCUGCUCUUCCUCCGCCGCCUGCGAUGCCUCCCCGAGUUCAGGAUGCGCGAAGAGAUGGCGCGUCUGGCGCUCCGCCUGCCGUUCCCCAACGAGGAGGCGCUCGCGCGCGAGGCUGCUGACGUCGCUGCCGCUGAGGCCGAGGCGGAGGAGGCGACGCGGAGGGAGGCUGAGCUCGCGCGGGGGACGCCCAAGCGGGAGCAUGGAGCUCGCGGUGGCGCCGGGCGGGCGUGGAGGCGCCAGCUCUGGCUGAUCGUCCUCGUGGAUCUCGUGCUCCUCGGUGUACUCUUCGCGGCCUGGCUCGCCGUGUGCAGGGGUUUCAGCUGCAUUGGCCGGUAA